UCUUGCAACACGACAUGAAAAAGAAGGCGACACUCCACUGACAGAACGUUUUCGUUUUAGGCCUAUAAGCUUUUCAGAAAAUAUGGAGUUCCCACAAUUGCUAAUAUCUUCAGAAGCUUGGUCAGAAAAAGGCGGAUCAAAAUUCAAAGUUUUAUCUUCUGACGAGGAUGAGAAAAAAGUUGUAUUCCAUGUACCCGAUACUGACAUUACGUUCCACUUGUCCAUAUGCGACAGUUCUGAAGAUAAGACAAAAUUGAUGGUGUGGAGUAACAAUGACAAGGUGCUGCCUUACUUAAACGAUGUAAUGGAGUUCACAGAGUCAUGUGACAAAUCCGUCCAUGAAGUUCUGGACAAGGUUAAUGUGUGUCUCAAACAGUUGGUGACAACUGCCUUAGCUGAUGAUGACAAUGAUGAUGAUGAUGAAGGUUGUGGAUCAGAUGAUAACGAUGAUUAUGAUGCCUACUAUGACAAUGAAGAUUUAGAUGCAAACGAAGAGGAAGUUCCCAAAGUAAAGGACUCUAAUGCCAGCAGUGAGGAGGAAGAUGAAGACAACUUCUUUGGUGCCCAGGGAUCAACAGCAGCUGUCCAGAGACUUUUAAGAGAUUUAAAAGGAAUGAAAGAGUCCCAUAAAUUUGGAAUUGAAGGACGGCCGAGGGGAGAUAACCUGUUUCUUUGGGAUGUAAAAUUGAAAGAUUUCCCUCGAGAAUCAAAGCUAGGGAAAGACCUGCAAAUUUUUGCUGACAAAUUCAAGAGAGAGCCAGCAGUCUAUGUAGAGAUGCAUUUCCCAGGAGAAUAUCCAAUGAAGCCUCCAUUUGUUCGAAUUUUGCGUCCAAGGUUUAAAUUUUUAACAGGUCAUGUGACCAUAGGCGGUAGCAUCUGUAUGCAGAUGUUGACAAAUUCCGGUUGGACACCAACUAAUGAUAUCGAGGCCAUCCUUGUUCAGAUCCGUUCAGAGAUUAUGAGUGACCCAAAUGCCCAGCUGGAGAGGAACGAUUCAGAUCGUGCCUAUGGGGAACAAGAAGCCAGAGAUGCAUUUACACGUAUGGUGAAAAGAUAUGGAUGGUGAAAAGAUACGGAUGGUGAAAAUAUUACAAACUGUUGGUUGAUACCAAUAAGAACCACAUUCCUAAUCAUGAAGUUCUGUCAUUGUGUGGUGAUUACCAUUGCUGCCAUCCUCAUCUGUCACUGACUAUGCCCCACACACAGCGGAGGACUCACUGAGACUCGCUGAGAGUCUGAUACACUCCAAUGUGGAAUGAUAUGUAACAUUAUUUCUAGGUCUCCUUCACAAACACUGAGUACGGAUCUGUUGUUUGUUUUUUUCAGUUGUUACUGAAACCAAAUUUACAUUUUCAUGAAGAAAUCCAUAGAUAUGGUGAGUCUUGAGCUGUAAGAUAUAAAAUUUUCUCAGUGUUGAUAGCUGUAUUGUUAGCUUGGAGAUUUGUUUAGUCCUGUUUGUUGAAUGUGAGAUUGUCUGAAGAUUUGACUGUGAAAUUGUCUCAGACUUGAUUGUAAGGUGUGAGAUUGCCUCAGAUUCGAUUGUGAAAUGUUAGAUUGUCUCGGACUGACUGUGAGAUGUGAGAUUGUCUCGGACUGACUGUGAGAUGUGAGAUUGUCUCGGACUGACUGUGAGGUGUGAGAUUGUCUCGGACUGACUGUGAGAUGUGAGAUUGUCUCAGACUUGACUGUGAGAUGUGAGAUUGUCUCGGACUGACUGAGGUGUGAGAUGGUCUCAGACUUGACUGUGAGAUGUGAGACGGUCUCGGACUUGACUGUGAGAUGUGAGAUUGUCUCGGACUGACUGAGGUGUGAGAUGGUCUCAGACUUGACUGUGAGGUGUGAGAUUGUCUCGGACUGACUGAGGUGUGAGAUUGUCUCAGAUUUGAUUGUGAGAUGUGAUAUGGUCUCAGAUUUGAUUGUGAGAUGUGAUAUGGUCUCAGAUUUGAUUGUGAGAUGUGAUAUGGUCUCAGACUGACUGUGAGAUGUGAGAUUGUCUCGGACUGACUGAGGUGUGAGAUGGUCUCAGACUUGACUGUGAGAUGUGAGAUGGUCUCGGACUUGACUGUGAGAUGUGAGAUUGUCUCAGACUGACUGUGAGGUGUGAGAUGGUCUCAGACUUGACUGUGAGGUGUGAGAUUGUCUCGGACUGACUGAGGUGUGAGAUUGUCUCAGAUUUGAUUGUGAGAUGUGAUAUGGUCUCAGAUUUGAUUGUGAGAUGUGAUAUGGUCUCAGAUUUGAUUGUGAGAUGUGAUAUGGUCUCAGACUGACUGUGAGAUGUGAGAUUGUCUCGGACUGACUGUGAGAUGUGAGAUGGUCUCAGACUUAAUUGUGAGAUGUCAGAUUGUCUCAGAUUUGAUUGUGAGAUGUGAGAUCAUGACAAUGAUUAUAAGAAAUGAUACCUGUUCGAACUUGCUUUAUAAUGUGGGAGAUCAGUGUAUCAAUCCAGACCCAAUGUUCAGUCAUUGAACUACACUAACUACAUAAUGCACUAGUCUAGCAGAAAUCUGGUAGUCUGAGAUUUUGUAAAGGGAUUUAGAGCACAAACUAAGUGACAAAUAUUUUUUUCGCUUCAUUUUUUCUACAAUGUUUCUUUUGUAAUGGCCGCUCCCUUUAAAAUCCUAACAAAUAAACAAAAACAAAACAUACACACACACUCCCACUUGGAGGGUCAUAUGGUAGCGACUUUGUUGUGUAUCUAUCAGUGUGAAGGUCAGUCAGUGUGAAAAGUUCGCAAUGUUUCUCACAUACUUCAUGGAGUGAUACCAUGGUUGCUAGAGAUGGGAUAAGUCAAUCUGCAAUGGGGUAGUCUACGAUGUUUCUCACAUACUUCACGGAGUGAUACCAUGGUUGCUAGAGAUGGGAUAAGUCAAUCUCCCAUGGGGUAGUCUACGAUGUUUCUCACAUACUUCACGGGGUGAUACCAUUGUUGCUAGGGAUGGGGUAAGUCAAUCUCCCAUGGGGUAGUCUCCGAUGUUUCUCACAUACUUCACGGGGUGAUACCAUUGUUGCUAGGGAUGGGAUAAGUCAAUCUCCCAUGGGGUAGUCUACGAUGUUUCUCACAUACUUCACGGGGUGAUACCAUUGUUGCUAGAGAUGGGAUAAGUCAAUCUCCCAUGGGGUAGUCUACGAUGUUUCUCACAUACUUCACGGGGUGAUACCAUGGUUGCUAGGGAUGGGGUAAGUCAAUCUCCCAUGGGGUAGUCUCCGAUGUUUCUCACAUACUUCACGGAGUGAUACCAUGGUUGCUAGGGAUGGGAUAAGUCAAUCUCCCAUGGGGUAGUCUACGAUGUUUCUCACAUACUUCACGGAGUGAUACCAUGGUUGCUAGGGAUGGGAUAAGUCAAUCUGCCAUGGGGUAGACUACGAUGUUUCUCACAUACUUCAAGGAGUGAUACCAUUGUUGCUAGGGAUGGGAUAAGUCAAUCUGCCAUGGGGUAGUCUACGAUGUUUCUCACAUACUUCACAGGGUGAUACCAUUGUUGCUAGGGAUGGGAUAAGUCAAUCUCACAUCUCACAUGGAGUAUGGAAAGAAAGCUGGCACCACUCACAAUAACAUAACGUCAUCAUUAUACAAUGUAUGUAUUAUGUAUUUUAACCACAUCAUAAAUUAAUAACAUCAUCAAUUUCCAUGCAGAUUCCAUGGGACAUUGAUGAUGGCACAAUUUCUAAGGUAUAGGCCCAUGUAAAAUUCUGUUAAAUAUCAUAUACACACAUCUCUCAACCCCUUUAACAUAUUUAGUUAAAUGUGUCAUAGUUAGGUGGCAUUGAGUUCUUCAAGAGGUAUUGGUGGUCAUCAAUCAGUGUAAAGGAUCAAAAUUCACACUUGACUACAUUUGAAGAAAAAAAAAUGUAGAUGUUUCAGAAGUUGACAGUUUACACGAUAUUGUGACAACACAAAGUUCUACAUUCGAUUGUAGAGGUCAUCAGUUAAGGUUAAAGGGUGAAAGGUCAGACUUAACCACAUUUGAUGUGAAUAUCUGGUUCACAGAUUUUUCUGAUGUUGCAUUUUCAUCGAUUGCUAUCUCAAGAAUAAUAGAAUUGUAAUUCUUUUUUGAUGUUGAAAUAUUUUAACAAAACAGCAUCUUCCACCUUGAGUGUGUCCAAGAUCUCACUUCAUUGUCCACAUCUCAAGUUAUGUCUGCUUUAAAUGUACAAAGAUAUUGGAGAACAAUCUGAACAGAUAAUUAUUUAGGUUAAGAUGGCAGAUAUACAGGUUAAGAUGGCAGACGCUCACUCUAUUGCUAAAGGUCAAAGUAUUUAAGAUUUGGUAAGGAAUCUCCACAGACAUACAGUAUGUACUAUUACCAGAAGGUGCACAAUGAAGUAUUUCUAUAACCUCUCUUAAAUGGAGGUCAAAUGUCAAAAUGGUUUUGUUCAGCUUUGUGGUGAAAAAUUCCAAGUCCUGACAAAGUCUUCAGCUGUCUCAGGUUGUGCACACUUGUAGGUCACAUGUCAAAGACACCACUCAAUUAACUCUCAGUGUUGAUUCCGUCAUGCAACAAGCUAAGCACAUUUCUCGAUUGGAUAAAACCUUACUGGGAUCUUCUAGCCUUUAAAAACUGGAGAUUCAGUGAAGAUCUGGGAACUGGCUGCCAAAGAAUAUGCUAACAUACUUGGUCUUCCAAGCAGCUGACUAGCUUUCUUUUAGAAAUUCUUCAUGUCUGUUAUGGAAGGAUCAGAUCGAUCCAAAGUACAGCUUUACUUUUGUCUUUUCAUGGAACAAAAUCACAACUGAUCAUUUGUCAGAUAGAGGUAUCUUGUAGAGCAUCACAUUGAAAAUCAGUUUGAUAACUCUUAAUGUUUUUUUUUAAAGACCUUAGAUGUAAUGCUUUGGUAGUGGUUGUCUCACAAUGUGAUUGAUGACAUCAUUGUUUUAAUAGUCCUUAUAAAUAUACAAAUUAUUCAUAUCAUUUACACAUUUUGAUGGAUUUCAGAGCAUUUCAUUGAGCUUUUUAUGAAAAAAUAGUUUGCGAAGAUAUAUUUUUGUCAAAAAACAAAGUUAAGUAAUGUGUAAACGUCCAUUUUUAUACAGUUUCUGGUUUUCUGCAGUAUUUUAUACACAAAACUUAAGACCAAUAUGCUUAUACUAUUAUCUAUUUAUAAAGAUAAAAUGGUGUACAUGACAUUUGUAAAGAAAAGAUGUAUGAUACAUGGUUAGUGACAGCAGUAUACUUAAAUGCGGUUAGUAUUUUCACAACUUGAAGUGUAGUUUACUGAUCAUGUUCACAAUGAUUCCCUCCAAUUUGUAUUAAUGAGUGAAGUGUAGGGAGUGUGGACAUCACAGCUCUGUAUGAUGUACCUUUUAUAUAUAUGUUUUGUACACAUUGUUCAGUUUUUUGUCCGAUAGGUUAAACCUCAAAGCCCGAGAACAAUUGUCCCCUCAGAGGUUUUGUUUAUUUGGAUUCUGUUGUCGUCAGUAAUAAAUUAAACCUCAUCCCUGAAAUCCUUUGUCCCCAAGAAGGUUUUGUUUAUUUAGAAUUCUGUUGUCGUCAGUGAUAGAUUAAACCUCAAACCCUGAGAACAAUCAUUCCCACUUAGGCACAGGUCAGGUUUCCUUGGUUUUUUAGCUUACUUGGCCCAAAGGCGGCAUCCGUCUGUCUGUCAACAUUUGCUUUAAAUCGCUACUAGUUAUAAAAGACUGAAUGGAUUUUAACCAAAUUUGAUCAGAAAGAUCCUUGGGGGAAGGGGAAUAGAUUUUGUAUUAAUGACAAUUCUGACCCCAAAGGGGCGAGAGGGUUGGGGCCCAAUAGGAGAAAUAUUGGUAAUUCCUUUAAAUCGCUACUAGUCAUAAAGUUAUGAAUGGAUAUGAGCCUACGUCAGUCAGAAGCAUCCUUAGAGGAAGGGGAACAAAUUUUGCAUAAAUGUUAACUCAAAGGAGAUCUAAUAUUGUAAAAAUGGAGGGUAUGUGUCCCUUGGAACUGGAAAUAGGGGUUGGGGCCUUUGUUGGAAGAUGCAGCAUUGCCAUGAUAACUGAAAUAUCCAGGUGGGCUAUGCAGGCCCUCUGUGCCUCUUGUCUUUUAUUGAGAUUAUUGAGAUUAUUUACUGUUGUAUGAGUUGAAAACUUCGUUAAUGCAUUGAGUUUUAUUUGUAUCUGUUAGGUAUGAUAAGAACAAACAAUUCUGUAAAGUCCAUGGUUUCUACAGCAUUGAACAGUAAGUGCAGCCAUUUUUGUAUCUAUAUAUUUAAAUGUUAACAAGUGUGGUUUAGAAGAUUUUACCCUAUGUUGUUAUUGUAUUAAAACAGUAACAUGCAUCCUUGACUUCAUGCUAUAUUGAGUGACACAUUUGGUUUUUCACAAACUCUUCAGUUGGUAACUAAAACAGUCCAUAGGCAUGCUACUCUUCAAGUCAAAACUGUAAAUCAUAGAUAUAUUUGCUGUAAAAUGCUUCCUUUUUAAUUGGUCCCCAUGACAACUUAGAACUGUAUUGUGAAGAUUUUUAUACAGUACAUUAAGAAGUUGGGUAUUGGUAUGUACUGUACUUUGUGUUUAUAAAUUAUGGAGUUGUACUAAUCAGUAUUAGUGUGUAGACCUUGAACUGUCAGAAGCAAUUCUUAAUAUUAGUUUGUUUGUAUGUUGUCUAUCUCUUAUUUAGUUGCGUAAGAUGCAAACUUGUUAACAUCCUCAAUACUUCAGAGGUUACAUUCAGUUUCACUUUCUGCAACCUUGGAAUAUGUCAUAGCAAAAUCGAUGGUACACAAGUAGCUAUUUGAUUGGUGUCCGGGAAACAAAACUGACCAAUGGCCAAGCUGAUGCGUUUCUUUUGAAGAUGACAGAGUGGCAAUAACCAAGCUCAAAUCCAGUCAAUUUAACUGUAUGCCAACCUGAGAUUCAUUUUGAUCACAUCCGAGGAUUUCUCCGUGACAUUAUACCAGGAGGGCAAAGAACGAAAGUGUACUUUUAACACCUGGAAUUUUGAGGAUGCAAGUUUACAAGAAUAGUAGUUGUUUGUUGUAGUUGUAUGGAAGUUUCACACUGAGUGAAUGAUUUAUAAUAUGAAGUACAACAAAAUUGUGUUGAUGAGUAAAUUUAAGUAAGUAUUAAUGUUAACUAUAAAACUUGAUUCAUAUAAAAAAUAAAUUAUUUCCAAAUAAAAAAGAAAAUUGA